AUGGUGGCUUACGAUCCUUUGGAUGCAGAGGCUGGAGGGGUGAACAGUGAGGACCAGGGAUACCUUAUCGUUGUUGUGGGACAGGAGAGAAACGGUGAGGGCAGAAGUGUGGGAAAUAGGUUGGACAUGGCUGAGGGCUCUCGUGCACUACUAGAACAGAAGCAGAGGAAGAAACGACAGGAGCUUCUCAUGGUCCAACCUAACCUUGAGGCCAAGCCACGAAGGUUGAAGCCAAAAAGAUGCGAGGAACAAUCGCCAUUAGUGGAAUCCCGCAACAAUAUAACCAGCAACAGAAUACUAGAUGCAGAAGGAGAUAGAAAGAAAUCUGAUGAGGCACAACAUCCUGAGAAACCUUUGCGACCAGAAAUGCUGAAACACUUGCGAGAAGGUAACAGAUUGGACAGAGACAUCGAAAGGGACAAAGGAGAGCCAGGUAUUGAUGGACCGGGAGCCAUCAUAAGUAAUGAGGUACAGGAUGUUAGCACUAAAAUCCAAAUCCUUUCAGUUGGGCAAUCCAUGACAGCCCCCAGUGAUGAAGUUGAAACAGUUGUAGACUCUGCACCAAAACCAGACAUCCAAGAAGUAAUGGAACAGAGGGGAAUCUCUGGAAGCAUGAACUUCGAAGAAGCUAAUGAGGAGAAUGACAAUUUUUCAAGUUCUCAGAGUUACGAAAAUGUAAGGCCCUCAUCUGCUGUGAGCAAGCAGUGCAACAAGGAACCAACUGCUGCUUCACUCCCUUCUCCUGGAUCUGGCCUAAACUUGAUUGAGAUAGACAAUUUGGAGGAGUUUGCAUUGAGGCCUGCCCCUCGUGGAAUAACAGUCAAAUGCAGGAUCACCCGGGAUAAGAAGGGAAUGGACCGUGGUCUCUACCCAACUUAUUUCAUGCAUCUUGAACGUGAUGAUGGAAAAAAACUGUUUUUGUUAGCUGGAAGGAAAAGGAAAAAGAGCAAAACUUCCAAUUAUCUGAUAUCUGUUGAUGCAACAGACUUGUCACGAGAAGCUGACAGCUACAUAGGGAAAUUAAGGUCAAAUUUAAUGGGAACCAAGUUUACAAUUUAUGAUAAUGGAGUAAAUCCUGCAAAAGCAGUUGGGUUGCUUGAUGAAACCAAUACCAGACAGGAGUUAGCUGCAAUUUGCUAUGAGACCAAUGUUCUUGGCUUUAAAGGACCACGGAAAAUGACUGUUGUCAUUCCAGGUAUGAGCAUGAAUCACGAGCGAGUCCCCAUCAGACCUCGCAAUGAGCACGAAAGUUUACUGUUAAUGUGGCAGAACAGAAACAUGGAAAAUUUAAUUGAGCUGCACAACAAGGUGCCUGUUUGGAAUGAUGACACUCAGUCUUAUGUGCUGAAUUUCCACGGAAGAGUCACACAGGCAUCUGUUAAGAAUUUUCAGAUUGUUCAUGAUAAUGAUCCUGAUUACAUUGUGAUGCAAUUUGGACGAGUGGCAGAAGAUGUUUUCACAAUGGACUACAAUUACCCAAUGUGUGCACUGCAAGCCUUUGCAAUAGGAUUGUCCAGUUUUGACAGUAAAUUGGCAUGUGAAUGAGGACAAUAGUGGAUGCAGGCCUCCACUUUUUUAAGAAGCUGAAAACUAAAGGGACAUAUUUAUUGUACUGUGCUGGUUUUGUUGUAAUCAUGCAAACAGAUCUACCGUGGAAUUGAUUUAAAUCAAAAAUGGAAACAAAAGAAAAUAAAAAUUCUGCAAAUGUCAGAAAUAGAUUCCCAAGUGGCCUAGCAAUCAUGGCACACUAAUCAUGCUUUUAAUGGACUGUGUUUUACAUUGUUGUACUUGAAUACAAUAUUCUGCCAAAUGCAGUAUGCAUCAAGUGAUCACUGUUCACAUUUGCCCAUAGACGUAAAAGAGGAACUAUCUAAAACUAGGAUGCAAAUUAAAUAAUAGGUGGAAUAAGAAGUACUGCCUCCUUUAAAUUAUGUCAAAAAUGAAUGGCUGAAAUAAUCUUAAAUUUGAAAACGAUUAUUUUAAUCUACAUUUUGAAUUGUAUCCCUCUUUUUCCCUUAUUUUUGAAAGCAUUAACUUAUGCUAGAGCAUGGUUCCAAAAAUUAGAGUGCCACAUGCAACUGACCAUUUUUUAUGUUCCAAUUUGGUCCUUACUCAAUAUUAAUAGAAUACCACUUCCAUCAAUGGUGCUGAAUGAUCAGCAGGUUGAGGAGUUCCAGCUGACGGUAGCUAUGGCCUCCUUGGCUAACGCACCAGCGAGUACAGGCACCCUUGCAGAGUCCAGUGUUUUUUUCUGUUUGCACCUCUGAGCGCCUUCGGAUUUUUUUCCACAUUAAAUGCACUAUAUUGAUGCAGCUUAUAGUUGAACUGAAGGCUGUGAUGCAAUGGGAGGUGUAUUUCCUCAGAGAUAGAACUGGCUAUGCAGAACAUGAUUAUUUAGGUGUGUUUUGACCUUGGACUUUCAAAUAAAGAGGCCAUAUUUGAUAAAAUUGAGGUUUUAAGAGCCAUAACUUCAUGGAAGAUUAUUAGUGAAUUUUUAAAAAAAAAUUAGAUAGAAAAAUAUGUAAUCCUAAAUAUAAUUUCUGCAUUCAUUUUUAAAAAUUAUUUCCUUCUUCAUUGUUUUAUCCUUCAAAACUGCUGGCCAGAGGAAAUCAAGAUGGGGAAAUUUUGUGUGGAGGCGUGGAUUGACAUUUAAUUUCUUCUUCAGAGCCAUUUUGCACUAUGAACAGUGUGAGGCACAAUCCGUUCUUAUAAUAGAGCUUUGAGCAUAAAAUAUCUACUUCUUCCUUGCCUCUGAGCAGCAGUCAUCAACAUGCAACAGUGAAGUAUUUAGAUAUAGUUCUGCAAAAAGUAUGUAUCAGUUGACAUUUAACCAUCACAUCAACUGGAGAACUGAUUCCAAAUCAAAUCAUGUAAUUAAAUCCUGGUGCCUGCUGUGCUUUAUUGUCUAGUUUGUUAACUCGCACCAACUUGAAAAUAAAAUCACUCAAGAUAAACCUAAGGAAGUGUAUUGCAAGGGCAGAACAUAUCUUAAUACUGUAAUUAUGUGACAUUAAUGAACUGCCACUUCGUUCUACUUGUAUUUCAUGAGCCCCUUAAAGUAUUCUUGCCUUGAAACAUAUAUCUGCCUGUGUUUUUCCCAUCUGUGAUAAACUCCAGCCUAGGUGUUCAUGUGGUAACAUUCCAGCUUAUGUAUUGCCUUUUGUUGCACGUGUCUGCCCAUGUGUAUCCCUGUGAUUUGCUACAACCCAUGUAUUUUCCUACAUGAUAAGCUCAAAACUAUGUCUUUCUGAUAUAAUCAUCUUCAGCCUAUAUUCUCAACAUUAUAUGUUCCAGUUUAUGUUGUUGCUCUAAUACAUUCCAGCCGAUGUUCUUCCUGACAUCCUUUAGCCUGCGUGUCAUCUCUGUAUGGUGCAAUCCAGCAUGUGUAUUCUUAAUUUGUAUAAUUUAGGAUUUUGUAAUUGAAACAAAUGCAGUUCUCUGCAUCUGAUAUAUGCAGGGGUUUUUCUUUUUCUUUUGAGUCCUGGUCAUUUCUUUAAAUUUUUAAGCUUGAUGCUUGGCCAGAUAAUAGCUGCAGCAAAAUGUCUAAAGUUAUUUUGCCACAAUGCUGGAUAAUUUUUAUUGUCUUUAUGAUAUCUGCAUCACACCCAUACUUGCACACCUCAAUAUGCCAACUGUCUUGGUAGUUUACAGUGCUUUGUAUCUGUAUCAUAAAGGAAGCCAUGCUGUGAUGUUCUGAUGUAUACCAACUAAGGAAAAUGUUUUUGAUAAACUAAGUAAAAGUUAA